AUGUCUCGCUGUAUUUUCCUAGUUUCCGCCAUUUUCGUCGCCGUGGCUUUGUGCCAAAACGAUAAUCUUCCACCAUUUUUACACCACGCUUCUGCUGAGCAAGUCAAGGCUUUCGAGGCGCUUAUUAAUGAUCACGGACAUUUGAAUGAGGUUCAAUUAGACGCCGAGGUUCAAGCUUGGGUGGCUAAACAAGGAGGAGAAGUUGCGGUAAGUCCAGAGAGCCCAGAAGCCCCUAAAACAAGUCCAAAAAUUGCAGGCCGAUUUCGCCAAAUUCCAAGAAUUCAUCAAAACCUCACACGAUCAAGCCGAAGCCGCCCAUCAAUCCGCAAUCGCCUCCUGGAGUCCAGCCGCCAAGAAGGCCGACGCGGAUUUGACAGCUUUGUCUAGAGAUCUCGAAUUGCCAGUCAAGGUCAAGGCCGAGAAGAUUCAGGCUUAUUUGGCCGGGCUUCCAGCCGAUAUUCGCAAGGAGAUCGAGGGAAAUCAACAAUAA